UGUUGACAGAUUAAAAAAUUUCCCCAAUGCUUGAAGAGCUAAAAGAAGAAACCCACGUGAAUUCAAAGAAGUCGGCACAUUUUUAUUUGUUAAUUUAAUAAAAUACAAUAAAAGAAACAUUUACAUCUGUUUGAAUUAAUCGAAUUAUAACUUUUAAAAAGAUUUUUCAACAAAAUUCCAUUUGUUUCAUCCGAUAUAAUGAAUUUUUGUGGGCCUCUCAAAAGAUGCUGAACAUGUGGGGUUAAAUUUAACACGUUUCACAGUUUCCUCAUAGUGAAUUUUUGCUAUCAACCAGCUUACUACCAAGUGUGCAAUCUACAAAUUAAAAAAUGGAUUCAAGACUCCUAAAUGCUUUUCACGAUGACCCAUUUGAUGGUAACUACGUCAAGUAUGAUACAGAUACACAUUUUUGGUCAAAUGAUAGCGGAAGCCUGGGACUACAAUUGGCAGAGACACUCCAUGGAAUAUUGCCAAUAGCCCCAACUGAUGUAGCAUCAAAUAAUCUAUUUAGCUCUUCAAGUUUAAAAGAGGGAGACUACUCGUUAGAGAGUAAAAACUAUUCAAAUACAAAUUCAAUCAUGUUUGAAAAUUACGAGGAAGGAAUGCAAAACAUGGGCCAACAAACAAUAGAAGUUGUCUCCGUUGAUCCGAAUCAUGAUUUUGAUUCUGAUUGCCUAGAAUCUACAGAUGAUGAGGAUGAUGAUGACGAAGACGAUGAUGAUGUUGAUGAGGGAAAUAAUGAGGAUAUAGGAUCACGUGGUAUCGUGGCAUUUAAUGAUGUUAGAAGUUGUAGUAGAUCUACAUUUAGAAGCAGAACCGAUAGCUCCUCAAUAGGUGACUAUGAGAGUCACUCGAGUGACUAUGAUGAUGAUAGUGAUUCAAUGGAACCACUCGAUGAUUGCGCACUUCAUUCUGAUGGCAAUGCGUUUAAAAAACCAACAGAUGAUGUAGAUCCUUUUGCCAUGCAAUUAGAUGUUAGUACUUUUGAUUUAGCCGCAUUCAUUACACAAGAUGAUCAAAUUUUUGAUAACCAUACACCAGCACUUGUGCCCAAUGCUGGUCAUAACAUUAAAUUGCAAAAAACUGUUGAGCCCACAAUACCUCUUGAUUCUGAUUCCGAUUCAGAUUCGGAUGUUAUUGUGGAUGUAGAAACCGUUGAAGAGACUGGUAUUGGUUUAUGUGAUCAAAGGAAACAAAUGGAAUCGUUAAACAAUCUAAAUUCUAGCAAUUGCGAUGCAGAGAAAAAAGAGACAAAACCAACAGAACCUAAUUUUACACGUAACUUUACCAUUGUUCCAAACAAGGUUCAAUCUGUUAUACUAAAAAGAAAAUUUGGUAUUGGACGUGGUAAAAAUUUAAAUAUGCAUCGCAAUCCAACUAAGGCCAUGCCAAAGUCAAAAUUGAAACAAGUCAAUAAUAAUAAUUUGAAAAAUAACAAUGUUGAAGAGAAAACGGAGAAGUCUUGUGUUCAAAACAAAGUGAUACCUUUAACAAAAAAUAAAGUUGAAAAUAAUCCAACUGAAAAACAACAAGUAACACCUAUAAAAAUUAAAUUAGAAAAACCUUAUACACACGAGAAGGUAAUUGAACAAAAACAAAUUCCAUCUCAAAUAUAUAAAUGUACAAAUUUUGUUAAAAAAGAAACGGUUAGUAUAAAAACUGAACCUAAGGAAGAUGAGCAAGAUUAUGACAAAGAAAUUGUAGAAAAUUCAGAGGUUCAAACAUUAGAGGCAAUGCCAAUGAAACGUAAACUUAAUCUUGAAGAGUAUAAAAAACGUCGAGAAAAUCCUUCAUUACAGCCGUCUAUAUGUAAAAAUCUUCAUAUGCAAAAUAAAAAAGUAAAAACUGAGGUUUCUCAAGGACAAACAACAAUGGCAGCAGUUACAAACCCUCAACCCAAAUGUCCAAUUAAGAAACCUCCACAAACUGAAGCCGUUACUUCAAUUGUCAAAAGUUUAAAAGAGAGUCAGCCUCCAAAAGGAUUUGUUGAUCCAAUAACAGAGGCAAAAAACAAAGUGUUGCGCUUGCAAGAAUUAAAAAAGGCUCAACAAAUCAAAAUUAUCGAUUCUACUGUAUCGUCUAAAGUUGCACGUGUUACUAAACUUCUUCCUCUAAAAGAAAUAGUCAAAGGUUCAUACAAAACAGGCAAUAGAGCUGGCCCUGGAAUAAAUAAUUCGGAAUAUGAGGAAAUAAUAAUUGUUUCAGCAGGAUGCAAUACUGACAUAACAAUUCCACCAAACGGAUAUAAUACUUCAAAGAGUUCGUCACGCUCUCUUUUGAAAUCUAAUGUUUUAUUUGCAAAAAUAAGUAACUCAUUUCAAAAGGUUCGUUCUGACGAUAGUGUUAAAAUAUCUAGCAAUUCUUUGAUUGUUAGUAUACAAGAUGUUGUGGUGAAAAAAACAUCUCCAUUACCGAUAGAAGGCCAGCAAACUACGACAACAACAUCAGAACAUGGCGAGGAUAAAAUUAUAAUGCAUUUACGAAAAGAUAGAAUACGAAAACGUAAUUUCUCACAAUCAACUCAGACUGAAUUAUUGCCAGAAUUCCCUCUUCUACCUUUACCACAAGUUCAAUCUUCCAGCGAUCGUUUCAAUUCGUCUGCUGGCAGAGGAACAAAAGUUCGCCGAAGAUACAGAGCUCGCCAGAGUUCGUUUUCAUCCGAUGAAGAAGACAGCAACUAUCGGUCUCAAGGUAAUUCAUCAAAAAGAAGAUCGAGGUCAAAGUACACUCGUCGCCAUAGAAGUUCCAUUAGUUCCUCUUACUCAGAGUCUGACGAUUAUUCCAAGAGAAAUCACCGACACAGUGGGACUUCAGCAGGGCGUAGUAUAUCAUCUAGUGAACGCCGCAGCAGAAGUAAAUCCUUUGAUCGUAUUUAUAACAGAUCAUCUAGAUCAAGAUCGAAAUCAUCAUCUAGACGCGCUGCUGAGAGAAAUGUCUCGGCACCUGUUGAAGAGCGUCGAAUAGUUUAUGUUGGCCGAAUUGGGCAAGACACAACUAAAGAAAUGCUUCGAAGAAAAUUCAUAGUCUAUGGCCCAAUUAAACAAAUCACAAUUCAUUACAAAGAUACUGGAAUGAAGUAUGGUUUUGUCACCUUUGAAAAGUCUGAGGAUGCCUUCAGAGUUAUUGAUAGCGGUCCAAAAGAUGAAACCAUAAAUAUGUAUGAUAUAAGUUUUGGAGGUCGACGGGCAUUUUGCAGAGCAUCAUAUGCUGAUUUGGAUAAUGCUGGAAUGAACAUGUACCAGUCAUACGAUGUACCUCGCCAGGUGGCACCAUCAAAACAAGAAGAUUCAUUCGAAGCACUUCUGCUUAAAAUGAAAGCAAAACUAAAUGCAACAAAAUCAUCAGUUUCAAGUGUAAAAACUUGACACAACCAUUGCGCUUUAGUGCUGUAUCUAGAUUUUGUUAUUAAAUUUAUUGAUUCUUCCUAAAAAAUUAAAAAAUCAAAAGCUGUACAAUUUUAGACACUACUCCCGCCAUGCAUCAUUACAAUUCUCUUCUACCUAUAAUGUUUAAGUAUUUGAAGUAGCAAAUUAUGCAUUAUUAAGUGAUUUAUUUAAGAAAAAAACAAAAUAAAUUAAACAACCAAUGUAACCUCUUUAUUAUUAACAUUUAAGUAUGAUUACAUUUUUUAAACAAAUUUUUUUUAUUUUGUUAACUUCGAAAUUUUCCAAUAUAGUUGUACCUUUAUUGUUUUAUAUAUAAAUUUGUUGAGAUAAAUUUUUAAAAAAUGCUUAUUUUCAAUAUUGUACUGAGUCAAUAUAUAAAAACAGGUAAAAUAUAAAGUUCAAAUGAACUCGUAAACAGAUAUUAAUUAUGGAAGUAAUAGAACACAGCUGUUAUUUAAGAAGUAAUGCGGACACAUGUUUCUACAUCAAAACUUGUGAGUCAUAGUUUUUUGUUUGUUACUGGGUAUACUUUUCAACUUGCUCACCUCAAAAGCAUUUCAUAGUUAAAAUUUUUAAUUUUAUUUUUAGCUCAGGUUCCGAAGUGUAAUUUCGAAAGAAGAAAACAAAAGUUCCGUUGUUCCUGUAAAGCUUCGGCAAUCCCAGAAUGCGUUGAUGUUAGCUUUAUUUGAGGUAAAACAGAUAUUUGGAGGAUGAAAAACGGUUAUGUUGACGAAAAUAAAAUUACUAACUCGGACGAUACUCUUAUGGCGUAUCAACAAUUACCAAUUUACGUUAGAAAAAGGCUACUAGAAGAAGAAGAUUUUAAACGUUUCCUUCAGCGGGUCAAUAAAAAUACUCGAGUGAUUUCGAAAGGGCAGGAAACAGAAAAUUUGAAGAGAGGCAAUAUUUUAAAUGGUUCACAUAAAGGAUGACCAAAAACUAUGUAUAUACUAUCUAUUUUUGCGCCCUUAGAAACCGUACACAGGGAGCUCUUUGUUUAGGCUGUAAACUGGAUGAAAUUGAAAUCCAGAUUUUGUUUUGGUGUGAUUUUUGUAAGAACGUCGAAGGGUUGAAGGAAGAAAGCAACUUUGGCUGAAUUUUUAAACCAUUCCAUUGUUUUUUGCUUGAAUCCCCGUUUUUUAUCAUGAUAACAGUUAUUGCGGAAAAAUAUAAUGCAUAAAUAUUUUAAAAUUUAAGAUUGAGCUUUCUUGCUUUUUCUUGUUUGGUUUUCGAUUUCAAAACCUUGAUGUUAGCCAAUAUGAUGUUUAAAUUUAAUUUUUAUAUUAAGUUAAAACUGAAAUUGUUAAUUACAUCUUGUAUAUAAAUGUGAAAUUGUAUGUUUUCGGGAGAGUCUAAUUUCCUAAUAAAGAUUUUUGUUAAGCACGAUGAUAGUCG